AUGGAAUCGUCGGAUGGCAACGGCCAGUUGGCCAAAGAGCUCCAGGCUGAUCUAGCCAGGAAGUAUCGACGACACUCCACCCGGAUAGACGGUAUUUGGCGCUCAUUUGACCAGCGCCAGCGUGUUAGGUGCUUCAAGUCCAGUUUCGCGACUGGAGGAUAUCUGAAGCAUGCAUUGGAUCGGAGCGUUGGUGAUAGCUAUCUCAUUGCUCCCGAGAUGAACCUUCGAGAUGUUGCUGAAAGUGACCCUGACUAUUUGCUGGGCAUUCUCAAGCAUCGCGCCACUUCGUCCGUCUACGAUCAGUUCUUCGGCGGUCCUGAUGGUUCGCCUGGCGAUCAAUGGGUCAUCGGCAACAACAUGCGCACCAGAAACCUACAACACUCACAGCGGCAGGCUUUUAAAAACUGCUACUCGGUCUUCUGGGACGAAGACAAGUACGGCUGGGCGAUGAAAGUAGAUCCAAGUCACAAGGAAGAAUUUCUGGCUGGAUUGAAGAAAGCCAUCCAAGCUGGCUUGCUCCUCAGUCAAGAGUACGGCGAGCUGAUUCUGAUACGUCAGAUUACGAUCCUACAGGUCCUCCAUACUCUUGUCGAGGAUAUAUUGAAUCAAGGAUCUAAGACCAGGGGCAGAAAGCAAUUGCCAGACAAGCAGAUCCGGGGAGCUGCGGAUACCUUCUCCAAGCUUACAAUCUCGCCGCCACCGGCCAAGCUCUCCCUUGAGGACCUGGUCGCCAGCGCCCGAUCCCAGAAGGAUGUUUUCCGGGAGUAUCAGUCUCUACUAUCAUCAGAGCCAGUUGUCCUGGUCCACGCAGUGAACCAGCGGUUCUUCAGCCACCCGGGUCUAGUCCCUGACGAGAAGGGCCGCCGCCUGCCCGCCCAUACCGACAAGUACAUCAGUAUUGCGCUGUUCGACGCUGUCCACGAUGCAGUUCGGACAGCCGCCACUUGGACAUACAUAGACUGUUUACUGGCCCUCCUGGAGAAGGACUACGCCGACAAAGUCUAUCGGCCCAUCUUGCUCCAGGAACUCUCCAACGUCUGUCAUCUGGAGUUCUCUCGUACCCAGGUCGGCCUCAAACGCGCCGUCCAGACAGCUAGUGGUGCCAAACAGUUCAAACGAGUGUCCCAAGGACUCGACAAGCAAGGGAAUGAGCGCGUGAAUAUCAAGGGCGACCCGGAAGAGUUCUUUCGUUCGGAUCCUCAGCUUCACUAUCUACUGCGUCUUUGCCAGGCGGAGACUACUGCUCCGAAGGCUGUGGACUGGGUAGUCAAACUGAGCGCACUACACGUGAAUCAUCCCGAGGAUGAGGCCAAGAUGGAGACCCGUGAGGCGCAAGCACUCGGUGAUAUGAUGGCCAUCACAGGAUUCAUGCGCGACCUCUCAUCUGUUGUCUCGAUGCCUCCGCUUUCGCGCAAGAAGGGUCAGAUGUUUGUCUCAAGGUCACAGGAGUUGGAGACUGAGCUUAACCAGACCAAAGGAGACCUCGACUUGCGAGAUUUUGCUAGUCCGAUUGGCAAUCUCCUCGAUCCGGGUAUGGCCUUGGCUUCUCUAGGGGUUCUGGACAAAUUCGUCGUUCAGAAGACGGGCACCAAGCUAGGAAUCCUGUAUGAGGACCUCAUCGAGGACAGCCUUGCCGAUCUCAAGAACAGACACCACGAGGCCAAGGAGAAACUCCAGCCCAACGCCGACCAGAAAUGGGUGCCGCUCCCUGUCUCGUCACCUCAGCCCCCUGAGUUGCGAGUCGAUCACCGCCGAGAAAAGGAUAAGACUCGACCGUCGCAUUUCUCGGCCUACGAGAUCACACCGCAGCCUGCGCCAGCGGAACAUGAAGCAACGACUACAGUAGCCCAGAUAUUCAAGGUCAGCAGCUCGGCGGCCGAUACCUUUUGGAGAUUGUUCGACAAGUCGCAAUCUCGAGGCUCGAUUAGCUGGACAGCUUUCGAGGCGGCCAUGGCGGAGCUCGGGUUCUCUAUGAUGCCCAAGUUUGGGUCGAUCUACACUUUUUUACCCCCAGAGUUGUUGAAUGUGAGGAAAUCUGUGGCGUUUUACCGGCCGCACAGGUCUCACAUCGAGGGCUUUUCGGUGCCAAUCUUUGCACGGCGUCUGAAUCGUGUGUAUGGCUGGAAGAAGGAGUCCUUUGAGACUGCGUGA